AUGGCGUCCAUCGCCACAAGCGACAAUGUGGAAGCAAUCGAGCGCAACACCACCACCGAAAUCGAUGCCGCAACAGACAGCCCGUCGUCCAAGUGCUACCUUCUCGCUCUCCCAGCCGAGCUCCAGAACAAAAUCUUCGACAUGGUCGUUCCACACCGCGCCAUUAUUCGUCCCGAGGUGAUCGAUGGCGUCUACACCACUCGUAUGCGUGAGCCAGCUCUGCUCUCAGUGUGCCGUACAAUCCGUCAGCAGUUGCGCGACUCCUACUAUCGCGACAACUACUUUCGUAUCGGAUACCGGGAUCUUCCAAAGAGGCGCGGGGGCAAAGCACACAUGUGGCCUCGCUUCACGCUCGAGAAAGUCCUUUCCGUGAUGGAUCAGCUCGAUGGCCGCUUCCACUUGAUUCGCAACAUGGAGGUAUUGCUGUCCGACCAGCCCGGGACGGACGACGGCUACGACCAUAUCACAUUCAUCCUCACGUUCCGCGUCGUCCAUGGAACGUUCUCGGCUUCGGCACAUGAGAGGGGAGAGUCGGUAUCAAGGCUCUUCGAGCAGGUCAAGGCAUUAAUUGGAGGUGAUGUUGAGUUCGAAGGAAAGGAGCGAGUGGAGUGGGAUCACCAUUUGACCGGGUGA